UGUAAUUAGCAGAGAUUGACAGCCUAAUCAAGUGUGUUGAUUUGCAGGUGGCUACUGGUUGCUGGCACGGAGGAGUUCCCCUCACCGACUUUUUCUCCCCCCUUUCUGAACAGAGAAACUGACCCAGAGGAUAAUAUCAUGUUUAACUCGACUGACGACAUUUAGAAAGGUCAAUGAGGACCGUGGAAAGAGGGGACAGAAUUUAAACCGAGUGCAGAGAAUCUCACUUCCUUUGCAAAGGCAGAAGAAGGAACGACAGGGGGCGCCAGAGAGGUACAGCUGGACAGCAGCAGCACAAUAGAGACAAUGCAGCUGAGGGGCCAGAUGUACAUUUUAAGCAGUAGGUACAUGUGCAGUGAGCGACAGCAAGGAGAGCAGUUCAGGGCACGAGCCAAAGGCGCACACACCCACUAGCAGAGAGCAAGGCUGCAUUAUUCAACGGAUCCUCUUCUCUACGCUCCUCUGGGACAGUGACUCACCCCUGCUACACUUCUUGCUGAGCCAUCAUUACCAUGGAUACCCCAAGCCAGAAACGCAGCCGCACCUCUGGCGUCUCCCCAGCCCGCAUUACCAGGCUGCAGGAGAAGGAGGACCUGAUCAACCUCAACGACCGUCUGGCUGCCUACAUCGACAAGGUGCGCACUCUGGAGUCCGAGAAUGCUGGACUACGUCUGCGCAUCACAGAGUCCGAGUCCGUCUCUACCCGCGAUCUGUCGGGCAUCAAGAGGGCCUAUGAGGCAGAGCUAGCCGACGCCCGCAAGACCCUGGACCAGGUAGCCAAGGAGAGGGCACGCCUGCAGCUGGAGCUGAGCAAGAUCAGGGAGGAGCACAUGGAGCUCAAAGCCAGAAACAGUAAAAAGGAGGCUGACUUGGUUGCCGCUCUGGCCCGGCUCAGAGACCUGGAGGGCCUGCUCAACUCCAAAGAUGCUAGCCUCACCACCGCCUUAGGAGAGAAGAGAGCCCUGGAGGCCGAAGUGAAGGACCUCAAGGCCCAGCUGGCCAAGUUGGAUGGAAACUUAGCGGAUGCCAAGAGGCAGCUGCAGGACGAGAUGCUGAGGAGAGUGGACGCCGAGAACCGCCUGCAGACUCUGAAGGAGGAAUUGGAGUUCCAGAAGAACAUCUACGCUGAGGAGGAGCGAGAGCGCCAUAUGCGGAAGGAGAAAACUGUGGAGUACAGUGGAGAGCCACAUCAGGAUUAUGAGAGCAGGUUGGCUUUGGCCCUCGCCGAUAUGAGAGCUCAACACGAGGAGCAGGUCCGCCUCUACAAGGAGGAGAUCGAGAAGACCUACAACUCUAAGUUGGACAAUGCCCGUCAUUCUGCUGACAGGAACAGCCACCUGAUGGGAGCCGCCCAUGAAGAGCUGCAGCAGACCCGGGUUCGAAUGGAGAGCAUGUCAGGCCAACUCGGCAUGCUGCAGAAACAGCUGUCAGCAAGCGAGGCCAAGGUGAGGGACCUGGAAGAGGCUCUGUCCCGGGAGCGGGACCUGAUGCGGAGUCGGCUGGAGAGUAAGGAGCGGGAGAUGGCUGAUAUGCGUAAUCGGAUGCAGCAGCAGCUGGAGGAGUACCAGGAGCUGCUGGAUGUCAAACUGGCCCUGGACAUGGAGAUCAAUGCCUACAGGAAGCUGCUGGAGGGAGAGGAGGAGAGGCUGCGCCUCUCACCAAGCCCUCCACCCACCAGGGUCACCGUGACACGGACCUCAGGCUCCAGCCACAGCCACAGCGGCGGCCAUGACCACGGCCACAGCCACGGCCACGGCCACAGCCACAGCCACACCAGCCGCCUGCUCGCCUCUGGCACCGCUGCCACAGCCUCCAGCAGCCGCAACUCUUCUGGCACCGCUAGUACCAAGAAGCGCCGCCUCAACGACAAUGACAGCGAGACCUCAAGCAUGGUUGGGGGCACCGUGACCAAGGCCCGCAUCAGUCAGCAUGCCUCAGCCAGCGGGCGCAUCACUGUGGACGAGGUCGACCUGGAUGGCAAGUUCAUCCGCCUCAGCAACAAGGCCGACGAGGACCAAGCUCUGACCAACUGGCAGGUGAAGAGACAAGUUGGAUCUAGCACCCCCAUCGUCUACAAGUUCCCCCACAAGUUCACUCUGAAGGCUGGAGGAAGUGUCACGAUCUGGGCUGCUGCUGGUGGUGGAACCCACAACCCCCCCAGUGACCUGGUCUGGAAGAGCCAGGAAUCCUGGGGCACCGGGGAUCAACUGCAGACCAGCCUGAUCAGUGCCAGUGGAGAGGAAAUGGCCAUGAGGAAAGUGACUCGCACCCUGUUCCAUGAGGAUGACGACGAUGAAAUGGGAGCUCACAGCACAAGCGGGGGAGAUUACAACCUGCGGAGCCGUACGGUGAUCUGCAACUCCUGUGGGCAGUCAUCGGGCCGUGAAGGGGGAAAUGAUGGCCUUGCAUCCUAAUUCCCAGGAACCAACGAGCCCAGACAGGGCGGUUUAAAGCUGCAGAACUGCCCCAUCAUGUAAGAACCAGACAACACCUCACCUGAACCCUCCGCCUCCUGUAGCCACAGAGGAGAACAGUUUUCUGGAGUUGGGAUGUUUCCUUUUUGGUUUAUUUUUUAUAUGAUCUUGUCUUUUUUUUUUUUUACUCUGAUUAAUCUGCAGGUUAAAUUUGCUUUGGGGGUUUGGAAAAAGGGCACAGGAUUUUCAUAUUGAGCUUUUUGAGUUUUUCUUUUCUAUAAUCAAGUUAUGUUACUGCAUGUGUGCCGCGCUACCGCUUGCUACUGCUCCUGCUCGUCUUGCACACUCACACACACACACACACACACACACACUCACAUACACACACUCACACAAACAGAGCUCCAUUGACCAGUGCUUGCGCUUCGAUCCGAACCAGGGUUUCACAUUUAAUGGCCAGGCUGUCAACACUCAACACGCACAGCUAGUGAACCCUGUGAGGUCUCUGCAGCCGUUCAGGCAACAGGAGAAUAAAUCUGUGGGGUUGUUAAUCAGGCUUAUCGGCCAUCAAAUAGAUCAAAUCUGUAUUUGAAAUGUCAUGAUGUUUACAGCAGAGAUUUGUUUUCCUUCAUUUUGAAAAUGUAUUGUACUAUUCUCAAAGGCUACAAAGGAUAAAAAAAAAACAUAGACACGGGUUGUUGAGUUUUUUUUAUAAAACUUGCUGGAUAUGUCUCCAAAGUAAGCCAAAGUUCUGUACGCUCAGGGUGCUCUUGAAGUAGACUGAUAUGUCGUAGUAUAUUUUCUAGAUGUGAUUAGAUAGUUGGACAGCUGUGGUGCGUGCAGAGAAGAUGAUCAUGGAGUGUUUUUUCCACAGUUCACUCAUCAGAGAGAGUAUUUGUUUGUUUUUGAACGUAUCUUAACAUAAGGAAUAAUUGUUUCCUGGAUAAGAUGAAAGUUUAGCAAUGUUCUAACCCACAGCAAGAACAUUUAAAUAUGUUGCCUUGUAUGUUUUUUGUUUUUUAUAAAGAAAAUCGUUUUGUUACGGCCAUAGCAGAAUGUGGAUUUUGUUUCCGCCUGGAGAACUAUCAGGAAUCGGUACUGAAUUAUAACUCUGUACUGACAGUUUUGGUGCCUUAAAUAUAUAUUUUAUUUUUACAGGAUUUCUUGGCGUAUUCAGCCAGAUUAAAAGUAGUCUAACAGAGUUAGUGCAGUAGAUUUUUAAGCAUUUUAACAUGUUUUGUACAGAUUAGAUACACAGGCACACUACUGUGCAUGAUUGAUCUUUCAGAAUCAACAAAUUGUUGUGAGUAAAUGAGUGUGCAGGAGAUUACUUGCACAUUGUUUUUCUAUUUUGAUACAGAUGAAAUAUACAGAAGUGCCUUUUAGAGGACAUAAAAAAAUCUCUGUUCUCUGUGCACAUGUCUCGUUCGGCGGUCUUGUGACUGUCAGCUGUCCUCUGGUUUGUGUUGCUCCUAAGAACUGGUCAUAAGGGCUUUGAUUUCUCCUCUCCUCUAAGCUCGCUGGCUUUGUAAAUCCCCUGGCAUGAUUUUGGGAUCUGAGUAUGAUUAUGGGGUUUGUAUUCUUUGUUACUUUGGCUUCAUGCGCUGCUUUUACUGAGGGCUUCGCCAAUUAUGCACAGCAGGUAGAUUUGUACUGUAGUCUGGCAGCUUAAAUCAUUUAUACUCCAGUGAAAAGCAUAUCAAAGCAUUUAUGGAAAAUACUUGAUAGCUAUUAUUGUUUUUUUAUUUUUGUUGUACUUAAUAGAUGGUAUUCAUGCCACGUUUGAUUUUUGGUGCCUUAAAGAGAUUCUGACAAAAUGAUCCCAAAAGUGCCUUAAAAGAGACCAUGACAAUCGUUAAAGAUGUUUAAACAAAGAUGUUUAGUUUCAGGAAUUCAUGACAUAGCAUUUAUUUCUUAGUUACAAAGUAAUAUAACGUGAUUAUCAUAUGCAAGAGUAAAAUAUGCAUAAGUAUUAACCAAAUCUUCCAACCCCAGAACAGAUGAUUUGAGGGAGACUUCAGGGUUUUUCAAAAGGCCUCUUUGAUUCUUCAGCAGACAGAAGCUGGCUACACAAACAGCCUUUGUUUGACAUCCGUAAAAAGUCAACGUUAAUGAAGAGCCAGGAAAAACCAAAUUCAAACCACAGAUGUUCAGCAGAGCAAAAAACUCUUGAAAGGCCUUUCUUGAAAUCCUGAACUCUCCCUGCUGAACUCUGGCUGGCUGGAGUCCUCGUGAAUCAUUGAAGGACCUGAGGAUUUAAAAUGUUCAAUAAAGGGAUUUCUUAUUGUAAGCCUUUAAUGCCAAAGUUGUAAUUUCCUUGAAGUGGGACUUAUUUUGUUUCUCUUAUAAGAAUUCUGUCAAAUUAUGGAGAAGCACUACAUUCAAGUCGAUGUAAUGAUUUUUUUUUUGCUUUUCUAAAAUAAUGAGUAAAAAUCUUGGAUUUUCCAC